AUGUCCCAUCCAUUUUCGGAGUUCUUGCCUUGGCCCACCGGUCCGAAGUUGAAGAGUUUCAUCGACCGCUGCAACGAGGAGCUCGACGGCCUCAAAGAAGUUCUCGAGUCUGAAGGUGUUAUCGUGAGACGCCCCGACCCUGCGUGCUGUGAUUUCAACGUCCGCACCAAGACUCCUGAUUUUGAGAGCCCGAACCAAUACUGCGCUGUCUGUCCUCGUGACGUCAUUUGUACGAUCGGCAAUGAAAUUUUAGAAGCCACUAUGAGCAAGAGAUCUCGUUAUUUCGAGUACCGCCCUUACCGUAAACUCUGCCGUUACUACUUUGACAACGACCCCAGAAUGAAUUGGGUCUCGGCCCCUAAGCCUCUCAUGGCAGACUCGUCUUACAAUCCAGAGUUCUGGACUUGGAACGAAGAACAGAGAAAAGCCAACAUGCAUGACUAUCACUUUUGCUGUAACGAGAAUGAGGUCCUCUUCGAUGCCGCUGAUACCCAGCUGAUUGGAGAUGUGAUGCUCGUCCAGCACUCUAUGACCACCAACUUGGCCGGCAUUCGUUGGCUCAAGAGACAGUACCAGCCCAAAGGCAUCACUGUCCGUACUCUACAUUUUCCUUACGAUUUGUAUCCGUCGCAUAUCGACUGUACAUUUGUCAGUGUCAGGCCUGGACUAGUUUUGACCAAUCCUGAUCGCCCUCCUGUUGAGGAAGAAGUCAAGUUCUUCAAGCAGAAUGAUUGGAGACUUGUUGACGUUCCUAUGUGGAACGGCAGCAAGGAACAUCCGGUAUUCUGCCAGUCAUCCCGUUGGCUAUCUAUGAAUGUCUUCUCUAUCACUCCUGAUAAAAUUUGUGUGGAGGAUGAUGAGCAGGACUUAAUCCGCCUCCUUGAGGGAGAAUACGGCUUCGACGUUCUGGGCAUUCCUUAUCGUGGAGUUUUCGAAUUCGGAGGUUCGUUGCACUGCUCCACUUGGGAUGUGCGCCGUCGCGGCGGCAAACGUAGCUAUUUCCCAGAAUGGGCAGGUUGCGAGGAGGAUAUUGGCCUAACCAAACUCACUCAACUUCCAUAA